ACCAUUGCUGUUAUGUUUGGAGCCACUUCCAGCACAUGCCUGAAUAUGUUUUUACAACCAAGAAAUGGAAUUUUUCAGAUGCCUGACCCAGCUGGAUGGGUGCAGGAGUUUGCAACAGUACUGCUGUGGAUGUUAGGACCUUGGGGCCAUCCUCAUCCAGCAGUAUACCUUAUCAGUGCAUGCAUUGUUCCACCAUGUGCCCGUGUUGUGUUUGCUGUUCUAUAGCAUGGGAUUCUUGUCCUUGAGGAUGGUGUUUCUUGGUGUUUCCUCCCCUCAAACCUAACUGCUGGGUUUCUUUUGGCACUUGGUUUUUCAGAAUAUUGUCACUGUUCUUGUGUACGGGAUCCUGUUCUACCCAUUUUUUGCCUGUCUGACAACUGACAACAGACUGGUUGGGUCCUUGCUGGGUUUUCUUUAUGUUACAAUCAGAUUCUUCUUCAAACUGGGAAUAGAGUUUCAGUGUAUGAAGUACUUGAAGGGAGAGUACCAGAAGGAAUUAUUUUACCUGACAUAUUUGGGGUCAGUUCCAAUCACCCUUUGCCUUGCAUUCAUUUGGAUGAGGUUCGGUAUCCUGCUGUAUCGUGAAGUGAGAAAGAAGUGGUUCCCAUCUGAGAGAAGGGGUGGCGAGGAAAUCCGCGAUACACGUUUGGCCAGAGAAACGGAGAUCGCUCACAUGAGGGAACUCCUGUAUCCAGGAUCAAUUUCGGGGAAUAUGGUUGGAUUAAACUGGUUUUCAACGCUGCUUCGUUGUUUCUACAAACCAAGGAAAGAUUUCAAAUUUUCGACGCAAUUCAUUUCAACAACUUUGGUUAGCGCUUUAAUGAUCCUUCAGGUUUUCAUGGCAGUUCUUUCCCCAAUGGACGUGAUUAGAAGGGUUUAUAUUGAAAAAUACAAAACUCAUGGGGACACCAGCUCGGCUAAUUUUGUAGACGUCCUCUUUGUUUUCUUUGCAGGCGGGAUAGAAGCAGGACUUGUCUUGUCUGCGGUCAUUUCUCUUUUGAUGUUGCUUCACUUCAUGAAAUGCCAUCGAGAACACGUGCUUCAGUUGUAUCAAGGGCAAGCAAUAUAUUCAAAGGACCUGCUCUUGACACCUGCAGCUUCAGUGGGAAAGAGUCUCCGAUAUUCUGGAUAUCAGAUAGCGUACACAUUGCUUGGUUUUGGCACUCUGACAAUUUUUCUGUCAACUGUGGUUGCUGCUCUGGCAAUCGUUUUCAAAUCGAAAGAACUGCUCGCCCCAGAAUUAUGGAAACAUUUGAAAGAAACUGGAAUUGCUAUUUUACCCACUUUGGCCUUGGCUAUUUUUCUGAUGUUGUUCCAGUUGUUUCUGACACAUUUCGUCUUCCGGUACUCGAAUUAUCCAAACAUCACUGUCACAAUUGAUAAUAGGCGGCUAUUCUCCAUCAUGUCAUACUUUUUCUUCUUCUACAACAUAAUUCUUGGACUUUUCUCUGGUUUUAUGCGAAUUCUAAAGGGCAUGCUUUUAGGAGUGAUUUUCAUCUCUCGUAUCGAUCGAACAUCACUGAUGCAGGGUUUCCAGGCUUGGGACAAAGCUUUUGUCGCAUACCUUGGUUUUGUGACUGUGCUGGUUGCCCACAGCCAUCCCGUGAUGCUGGUGUUCUGUCAGUUGCUUAUUGACAGAAAAAAAGAUCACCAGCCCCCGCAAGACCGCUUUAUGCGGGAGCCCCGUCGGCCGCGCAUGUCUCAAAAGGCUGUCAACCGCUGGUUCCUGGCCGUGACUCUCCUACGCAACCCAUCUUUUAUCAAGUACCGCCGCCAAGGCCGCCAUUUCACGGCAUCUGUUGUGACUCUUGGAAGCGUCAACUUUGACGUUCCAGUGUAAAACUUUGAGACAAACUCAGAAGGAAGACCACCGUUCUUUCUUUAUGGUUCACUUUUCCGGAGAUCUGCUGUAGCUUGGGGUUAAAAGUUUCCCUCGUUUUUUACCACAGUAUAAUACAGUCUGUAUCUUGGCGUUGUUGUUAUUGUUGUUGUAGUUGCUUUUUUUUUUGUAUUUUAAAUUUUUUGAGUCAACAUGUUACUCCUCUAAUGAAAGCUACUCUAAAUUCUGGGCUAAACUUUAUUAAACACGUAGAUUGUGGUAGAGAAGUGAGUAAAGAAGCACACAAAGUACUUAUUGAAAAACAAUUUAAAAUUGUGGAUUUUUAUUGCUGGCUUCGGAAAUGGGAAUUACAUUAUCUGGCAAACAUGGAGAGGCAGAUGGUAACAUUUGCAAUUUAAGAUGAAGUUUUGGGAAAUCUACUUCUCUUUAAACGAUAAUGGAUUCUAAAUAUUGAUUAAUUUUCUUUGGUACAUUUGAAUUUGAUGAGUUUUUUUUAAAGAUAAUAUAUCGAGUAUUGAAAAGUAAUAUAUACAAAAAGAGCAAGCAGUUUACGUUAGGCUAAAAGCCAAGUAUAUAGGAAGGAAAAAAAAGAGAAAAAUAAUAAAUAAAUAUUACAGUUUGCUUAGGCGUUUUAAG